AUGCCCGGCGUGAAUCUGGAGUUCGCUAGCGGCAGCUCGAAUCACACCGUUGUGGGCAAUAGCUCUGGUCACGUACCGCUCGAUGUAGAGGGAUAUCCUGCCGCACCACCGGAGCUUGAGCUCGAGCAGGUGCAUAUCUAUGUCCGGCAUGGUGAACGCACCCCAGUUGGUAUCCGUAUGGCCGAGCCCCCUGCAUCCAUUCCGAAGCAUUGGAUGUUCUGCAACACUGCGCGCCAUUUUCGCGCCGCCGUUGCCAGUAGUGGACCUAUCAUCCCAGGCGUCCCUAACAUGACAAAGGAUGACAGUGGUGGGAUGCAGGAAUCUCUGCGCACCGUGAGGGUUGUCGAACGGGCAGAUGGAACCGCCACUUCUGGUGAAUGUCUAUUGGGCGAGCUGACGGACGUUGGAAGACAGACAACAUACAAUUUUGGUCACGCCUUGAGGCGGCUUUACAUCGACAGACUUGGAUUUUUACCCGACGUGGCUGAAUCGAACGAGGAGAUAUAUUUACGCUCUACAAAUGUACCCAGGACAAUCGAGUCGCUUCAGCAAGUUAUUCACGGCCUUUAUCCAGACACGAAACUCGGAGGCGAUUUCGUUCCGAACCUUAGAAUACGAAAUGGGAAGGACGAGAAUCUGUUCGGGAAUACCCUGGCUUGUAAACGGCUCGAGAUUCUCCAGAUAGCUGCCGCAACGGAAUGGAACCAAGUUCUUGCGGCCCUCGAUCCAAAGCUCUCGAAAUACGUUGGAGGCAAUCCCAUCAGACUAGAUGGGAAGCCACGGGCAUCUGGGAUACUGGAUACAGUCAAAGCCGCUGUUGCACAUAGUAUCCCAAUCCCACCAGAAUUUCAGGAACCAGGCGUGGUGGACUUGAUUGAGAAGGCCGUGGUAAAUGAAUGGUUCGCAGCACUAGAGGUCGCUUAUAAGUGUUUUCUGAUAGGAUAUAAAACCGAGGAAGUCCGAAGGUUGGGAAUGGGGCCGUUACUCAGUGAUCUGUCCCGCAAGCUUGCAGCCAAGGCAGAACAUGGCUCACGCGACCCACUCAAGAUCUUGAUUCACAGUACUCAUGAUACGAGUCUUGCCGCCCUUUGCAGUACAUUAGAGGUGUUUGACAAUAGAUGGCCUGCAUUCUCGUCUGCAAUCACGUUUGAACUUUUCCAUAAGCGGAGCCCGCUGGAAAUGCAGCCUUCGAUAUGGCAAAGUGUCCUAGCUCCAUUCCAGCGACAACGCGCCGACCCUUUACAUGAGCACUAUGUCCGCAUGCGUUAUCAGAACCGUAAUCUCCCCAUACCUGCCUGCGCAGCCGAAGGCAAGCAUCUCCCUGGUGCGCCGGAAUUUUGUACCCUCGCAGCAUUCCGUGAACGCGUGUUGGAUUUGACACCGGUGGACUGGGAGACGGAGUGCUCCCCUGCGGGUCGACCUUCAUAG